AUGGAGGUGCGAGCCCUGGACGCCCUGGGGAUGGGGGGAGGACCUUCACAUGUGUAUGUUGUGGUUGUGCCCGUCGCGCGGCCCGGCGGCGUGCGUAUCGGCUCUGUCAGGCUUGCAGCUAGGGCGGCGGGGGCCACCGCCUUCACCUUGAGCUCGAUCCGGGAUUGCGUUGCGAGCCGCAGCAGCCCCAGCCGCGAGAUGCCGGAGCGCAUCAUCGUCGACACCGACAUGUCCGUCGACGUGGACGAUGUGGGAGCGCUCUGCCUAGCGCACGCUCUCCAGGACCGCAACGAGGCGGAGAUCUUGGCGGUUACGCACAAUACCGGCCUCGAGCAGGGCGUCGGCGCUGUGUCGGUGAUCAACCACUACUUUGGCCGUGAUGACAUUCCAAUCGGAGCUUACCGCGGUCCUGUGGGCCGACCUGCGGACACGCCAGCCAACCCUCCGAUCGAGUGGACCAACAGCGGGAAAGGAUGGUAUGUCGCGGACCUGGUGGCUCGCUUCCAUUCUCCCAUCCGAGACUCGACGCAGGUGCCAGACGCACUCACUGUCAUGCGACAAGCGCUCUCCAACGCGCCGGGCCAUCGCACAGUGACGAUUGUUGCCAUCGGCCACGCGCUCAACGUCCUCGCCCUCCUAAAAUCGCCUGGCGGCUUGUCGUUGGUCAAGCGCAAAGUCAAAAGGCUGGUCUGGAUGGGGGGCACCUACUGGGACCCGCACGUCGAGUGGAACUGGGGCGCGUGCGGUGGCCCAUCGAACGAAAACGCCACCAAGUGCGGCGCGUACAGCAAGCUCUCGCAGCUCACCUCGGACGCUCUCAGCCGCUGGCCGGUGGAGGUGCCUACCGUGUUCGUGAGCUUCGACAUCGGCUUCUGGGCCCACCCGGCUACCACCGGCUGA